AUGCCUCGCGGUCGUAAGCCUAAAGCAAGUACCGGCUCCGCCGCCUCUCAUGCUCAAUCCACCCUCUCGUUCAACAGUAAAUCAGCACGAGUGACAAAACCAAGCACCAGACAAGAUGAAACCACGAAGAAAAGGGUAAUCAACCACCUCUCAGAGUCGGCGCCGGCGCAGAUCGAAGAGGAAGUGGUUGCAGCCCAGACAUCAGAGCAGAAACCGGAGACCCGGUCGGUGGAGGUCGGAGUGACGCCUGAACCACAGCCAGAGUUGGAGUCAAUCCACAUUGACGUAGCAACUCGAGAGUCGCCGUCGAGCACGCCGGCGCAAUCGCCGAGAACGAAACCAAAGACCAAGAGGACAACUGUACAGGCUGGACAAGAUGCUCGAGAAGUCGCGGCGGAGAAGGUUACGGCAGCGCAGUUGAAGAAGUACUGGCAGGCUGAGGAGGACAGUCGGCUUGCUCCUAGAGUUCACCAAGAAAACCUAUCACUACACGAAAAAAUACUACGCCACUUCGAUCUCUCCUCACAGUACGGACCCUGCAUUGGCAUCACACGGCUCCAACGGUGGAAACGCGCCAACAUGCUCGGCCUGGAGCCGCCAGUCGAAGUGCUCGCCGUGCUACUGCGUGAGGAGGACAAGAAGACGAGUCAAGGGUGCGGCACUUUGGCGUAUAUCGAUGAGUUGGCUGGUGGCAGGGUCAUUCUUGUUGAGUAA